UGCAACAGGAUAAUAGCAAUAAUGGUAGACACCGUUGACCCAGCGCUAACACAGAGGAGAAAUUCCUUUGAGCCGGUGAGGAAAGACUUCUCAGAAGGAUAACACUUGUUACCAGACUCAAAUGAAGCACCCUAUCCUAUAAAGGAUGGUUCCAGCAGGAGCAGGGCUCCACUGUUCUUGGCAGACCUCACAUCAAACCUGCAGCAGUGGCACAAAAGAGAAGCAGCGGCAACACGGGAGGAGUCUGAUACUGAAACGACCACUUCACCGAACAAAAAGCAUUUUCAAGUCUAAUCUUUGGAUCAAAAGAACUCUUGAAGUCAUGAUUGCUGCACAGUAUCUCUCUGCUCUCACUUUCGUGCUUCUCCUGUUUAAAGAAAGUAGAACCUGGUCUUACCAUGCAUCCAAGGAAAACAUGACUUUUGAGGAGGCCAGAGAUUAUUGCCAGAAAACUUACACAGCUCUAGUUGCAAUUCAAAACCAGGAAGAGAUUAAAUACCUGAACUCCACAUUCAGCCAUUCACCAAGUUACUACUGGAUUGGAAUCAGAAAGAUCAACAAUAUAUGGACCUGGAUAGGGACCAAUAAGUCUUUGACCAAAGAAGCCACAAACUGGGCUCCAGGUGAACCAAACAAUAAGCAAAGUGAUGAGGACUGUGUAGAAAUCUACAUUAAGAGAGAAAAGGACUCAGGCAAGUGGAAUGAUGAGAGGUGCACCAAAAGGAAGCUCGCCUUAUGUUAUAAAGCUGCCUGUACCCCCACACCCUGCAGCAGCCAUGGUGAAUGUGUAGAGACCAUCAACAACUACACUUGCCAGUGCCACCCUGGCUUCAAGGGCCUCAAAUGUGAGCAAGUUGUGACUUGUCAGGCACAGAAACAUCCUGAGCAUGGACAUCUGGUUUGCAACCCUUUGGGGAAAUUCAGCUACAACUCUUCCUGCUCCGUCAGCUGUGCAGAGGGCUACCUCCCAAGCAGCACGGAGGCCACGUGGUGCACGUCCUCUGGAGAAUGGAGCGCUCCUCUUCCAACCUGCAAUGUGGUUAAGUGUGAUGCUUUGUCAAAUCCGGACAACGGAGUUGUAAACUGUUCCCAAAACCAUGGAAGCCUCCCAUGGAACACCACCUGUACAUUUGAGUGUCAGGAAGGAUAUAAACUCACUGGACCCCAGCACCUACAGUGUAACUCCUCUGGGAUUUGGGACAACAAGCAGCCAACAUGUAAAGCUGUGACCUGUGCAGCCAUCAGCGAUCCUCAGAACGGCACUGUGAACUGCAGCCACUCCUCGGUUGGAGAGUUCGCUUUCAAGUCAUCCUGCCGCUUCGCUUGUACAGAGGGCUUCGUGUUGCAGGGGCCACCCCAGGUUGAAUGCACUGCUGAGGGACAAUGGACACAGCAGGUCCCGGUUUGUGAAGUGGUACGAUGUUCACGUUUGGACGUUUCUGGAAAGCUCAGCAUGAACUGCAAUGGGGAGCCUGUGCUUGGCACUGAGUGUACGUUUGCAUGUCCUGAAAGAUGGACGCUCAACGGCUCUGUAGUGCUGACCUGCGGUGCCACAGGACACUGGUCUGGGAUGCUGCCAACCUGCGAAGCUCCCAUUGUGUCCCAAACUCCCUUGGCAGUUGGACUUUCUACUGCUGGAGUCUCCCUUGUGACAAUACCAUCCUUUCUCUUCUGGCUUCUGAAACGCCUUCGGAAGAAAGCAAAAAAAUUUUCUCCUACCAGCAGCUGCUCAAGCCUGAAGUCAGAUGGAGGCUACCCAGCACCUUCCGAGUUAAUUUAAGUCCAAAGGAAUCAGGAGCACAAGCAAAUUAGGGAACGAGAGCAAUACCCUGAAGAUGGCAGAGACAGAGAGGUCUGCUUGGGUCUCCAGCUCUUCUCUCCUACUGCAUCCACUGGCUACAUUUACAGGUGGGGCCAUGGUACCAGUGAGGACUUCAGUGGACAAAAUCCAACGAGCAAGUCCAGUCUGCCACCAAAAAAGACAGUUCUCUCCUUUCCAGCGCUGACUACUGGAAGGAAGGGAUGAUAUUCUUGUCCAUGCAAAAGCAAAGAGACUAAGGCUCUAGAAUCUCAGAAUUCCUUUCCUAACUCACCCUUCACUCACUUUGAAAUCUUGUGGGGUAAUACAAUAGUUAGUGGCACUGUUUCUUUCUUUUGUCCCUCAUGGUGUUUCAGCUGCUGACUCUGUAGUUGCUGUCAUGGGGAUGAAUAAUAAUUUGUCAAGAAUGUAGAGGAAACUGGUCAUAGAUAUUCUAUUAAUAGACUUGGGGGGAAAUGACAAAAGUUUAAUGCCACGGGGUGAUGACAUGUGAAAAGUUGUUAAUAGUGGAAAUUCUAUUUAGCACAGCAAGUACAGUCUCAAUCACUUUGAUCCCUGUGGGAUUCAGUGUUUUUUAAAGUGUUUUUACCUUCCCAGGUGGCUCAGUGAUAAAGAAUCUGCCUGCCACUGCAGGAGAUGCAAGAGAUGUGGGUUCAAUACCUUUGUAGGGAAGAUUCCCUGGAGAAGGAAAUGGCAACCCACUCCAGUAUUCUUGCCUGGGAAAUCCCAUGGACAGAGGAGCCUGGUGGGCUACAGUCCAUGGGGUCACAGAGUAGGACACUACUGAACGACUAAGAACUACAGUGCUUUUAGAGGUUGCAUUCUUUUUGCUUGCAUUGAAUAUAGUAUACAUGCCAUAAGUCUUAAUUCAGUACAAGUAUUUUAAGUUAUGAUUUUAAAUGUUUUAAGUAUGUAUUUAUUAAGCUUAUAUCAUACCUGGGUUUACCAGGUGGCUCAGGGGCAAAGAAUCCAUCUCCCAGGCAGGAGAUGUGGGUUCGAUCCCUGAGAUAGGAAGAUCCCCUGGAAAAACAAAUGGCAACCCACUCCAGAAUUCUUGCCUGGAGAAUCCCAUGGACAGAUAAGCCUGGUGGGCUAAAGUCCAUGGGGUUGUAAAACAGUCGGACACAACUUAGUGACUAAACAAAUGUCUACAAUCACAAAUAUUGUACUUAACAAAUACACAAAUAUUGUACUUAAUAACUAUUGUAAUUAACUUAUUGUAUACAACUUUAUAAAUGUAAAGUUUGAUAAUAAACAUGUUUAUAUUUAUCCUGUGUAAUGGCUCUUAAAAAUCUAUUUUACUUAGGUAAAACUCACAUACCAUAAAGUUCACUGUUUAAAUAUAAAAUCCAAUGGAUUUUGGUAUAUUCAUGAGAUCCUGUGACCAUCACUGCUAUCUAACUCUGGAACAUUUCUAUCACCCCCCAAAAGAAACCCAGGACUCAAUAGUAGUCACUCUCCAUAUUUCCCAGCCCCUGAUAACUACUUACCUAAUUUUUCCUUCUAUAAAUUUACCUUUCUGGACAUUUCAUAAAAAUAGAAUCAUCCUACUAUAUGUGGCCUGUUAUGUCUAGCAUCUUUUGUUUAGCAUAAUGUUUUCAAGGUUCAGCCUUUUUUUUUUUUUUUUUUUUUUAACCACGUAUCAGUACUCCAUUCCUUUUCAUUACUGAAUAAUAUUCUACGGUUGGAAUAUGCCUCAUGUUCUUUUUCCAUUCAUCAAAUGAUGGACAUUUGGAUUGUUUCUGCUUCUUGACUAUUGUGACUAACACUGCUAUGAACAUUCAUGCCCAAGUUUUGGAGUAGACUUAUGUUUUCAGUUCUCUUGGUCAUAUACCCAGAAGUAGAAUUGUUGGGUCACAUGGUAACUUCAUGCUUCACAUUUUGUGGAAUUGCCAAAUUGUUUCCCAAAAGGGCAGCACCCUUUCACAACCCCACUUGCAAUGUAUGAAGGUUCCUAUUUCUCCACAUUCUUUUCAAUACUUGUUAUUGCCUGUCAUUUUGAUUAUCACCACCCUAGUGUGUAUGAAAUAGCAUACAUAUGGGUCUUUGCAUCAAUACUGUACAGUUGUUGGAAAAAUAUUAAUAA